CAAAAGAUCCAAAAUGGCGUCUGUAAAUUGACAAUGUGAUUCCGAAAACAAAAACAGCGUCGGAGCCAAUAGUACGCACGGCAACGAGUUUUAUUCGUGAAAGCAUCCAGUAACGUGUAUGUGACAUUGCUUUAUACAGUUUAUGAGGGAAACAUGAACCCCAGCUUCGGUCGAGGCCGUGGACGGAGACUACAGCUGGGCAACUCAAGCUCAAAUUCCAGCUAUUUAGCUCGCUAUGGGUAUCAGUCCUUGUCUGAGGAUGCAGUCAGUACUGAUCGAAAGGAGAAAUCCAGUCCAGAGAAAGCUGGUCUCUCCAGAUUGGUUGGAGCUUAUGAUGACUCGGAUUCUCAGUCUGAGAGUGAUGAUGAACCUAGCCGACAGACAGUUCAGUCAGGUGACCAGCCACCAUUACCACCAAAUCCUGUUGCUAUGGAAACCAACCAGCCACCACAGAAACCUGGAGAAGGUCAAGCCAUGGAUUCUGAGGUUGCCAACUUCUUGGCAGAAAUCAAUGCCAUUUCAAGUGACAGCCCAGCCAUGGACCACAACGACAUCCCUCUACCUCCAGGGGCCUUCAUCCCCCGGGACCAGACAGCUGAGGUGAUGGCGGAGAAAGCUGUUCAGAGACUCCAGGCAGAGGAAGCCAAGGCCGAACCCAAGCCCACCAAGAAGACAAGCAGCUAUUCCAUGUUCGUGAAAGGUGGCUCGGAGCAGCUUGGAGAGAAAAAGUCGUACAUGUCCAAGUUCAGUAAGGGUGGUGUAGAAGUUCUGGGACUACCAGCGGAGAGCAAGGUUGUGACUGAAGUGAAGGAAGAAGAGUAUGAGCUGCCUGAAGCGCCAACGUCUGUGUGGCAGCAGUGUCAGGACGAGAACACCAAGUACAUCUACUACUGGAACUAUGUCACCAACGAGGUCACGUGGACAAUCCCCAUGGACUACACACAGUACCUCCUGUUGAUGAAGGAGUACGAGGACAAACUAGCGCGCAUACCUGAGGAUGUCCGGAAGAGACUUGAGGCCAAGAAGCUUUCCAGUCAAAAUCAACAGCCCCUUCAAAAUGGCAAAAAACAAGAAAAGGAGGAAGUGUGUGACCCAGUGACUGUUGGUCCGCAGUUACCUCCCCUUGCAGAACAGGAUUCCAAAUCUUCCAGCCCAAGCCAAAUUGUGGGACCACAGCUUCCGUCCACCAGUGUGGACUCUCCAAAACUAGAGGAUACUGAAAAGCUUAAGUCCAAACACAAAUUCAAGUCCAAAAAGACGUAUGGGCCAGAUCUUCCAGAGAGUAUUGACGUUGCAAGCAUCGAGCCUCUAAAACAAGAAAAGGAGGUUGGCUCUAAACUGAACCCCAAUAUAGUUGAAGUAGACAUGUUUGUAACUGAACUUUUGAAGGGUAAGGAUCAGACGGGUGACAGUAGUGUCAUUAACAAAGAGGCCAAGAAGACUGAAGACAAGGAUAGUUACCAUGGAAACGGAGUCAACUUGCCCAAAAAUGGAGUGAAGAAGGAAGGUGGUAAGGAGGCGGAGGAAGAUGACUUCGACAUCGAUGACAUUGAUGCAGCACUGGAGCUGGCUCUGGAGCGCAAGACGGCCGAACUGAAGAAACUGAGCAAACCUGAAACCAAAGAUAGCAAACACUCCAAAUCCAAGAAACACGACAGGAGAGAUAAGGACAAGAAGAAAGACAAACAUCGGUCAGACUACUAUAAGUCAGAAUCACGACACAGACAUGACAAAUCAGAGCCUAAGCACCGAUCUGAGUCCAAGCAGAAACGGUCUUCACGCCAUAAUUCCGCGGAGAGCCUGAAGAGAAGACUAUUCCAGCAGAAAGCCAGCCUAAGAAGGCAAGGCUUGUGGCAGCAUAUGAUGAAGACAGCGAUGAAGAGGAUGGCAGCAGGAUGACACCCCCAGCAGAGCCAGUGAAGCAGGAGUCUGAGAAGCCCAAGGAAGAGGAGGAGGAGGAGGAGGAGGAGCAUAAGGAGGUACCCGUGCCACACCUCGUAAAGGUCAAGGACAAUGUGGAGGAUGUAGCCAACAUUGCAUUGGGCAAGCUGGAGUUCCUUGAAGUCACAAAGAAAGGCUUGUCAAAGCUGCAGGUG